GAGAAUCAUGGUUCUUUGGAAAUUGGUUCUGUAAGGCUUUAUGAUCCAUGCAAAUGCAUCGUGUGCGUCCGCAUGUGUCCCUUUCCGUUUACAAUGAGAACUUAUGUUUUGCGAAUAGGCGCCCAUGACUAUUAUGCGUUUAUUACUGGUUUCACAGAUGUUUUCAGGGCUUUCAGCAAGGAAGUUUUACUCUCCUUUUGUUUUCUAAAUCAUUUGCAGUACAAGGGGAUGAUGAUGAUCAUUUCAAAGUGGCGACCGAUUUGAAAAGUAUCAAAGGGUAUUGUUAUGCAUUCACUGGGGUGGUCUUGCAUUCAUUGUUUAGUAUCCUACCGCGCACUGCGCGCAGUAAAAUUAAACGGCAGCAUAAGCACUUUUACUUGAUUUAGUGGAUUGAGAGCUGGAAGGAAGCUCCCUUUGGCACCGUGAACAGGUGUUCAUCUGAAAUCACAAAACUUGGCCACCACACCGUUCUUGCGCUCAGUCUUAGUGAUAGUCGGGGUGCAGUCAGGACGCACGGUAACGAACCGAACAGGGACCACUGCGAUAAACACAUGAAUUCUGUAGGACGGACCUGACAUAAUGGGAAAAUAUAAGAUAUCAUUUAAACAGCUGUUCUGUGUCCUCUCCAUCGUCUGUGGUUCGGAUAUCUGCUCGGGGUAUGUUUAUGACCGCCCUGAAAGGUCUGUAGAGGAGGCUGCUUCUUCAAGGACGGACACUCCUUCAGACUCCCCGUGGAUCAGCACGUCAGGAUCCUGCAAGAACAGAUGCUUUGAAUUGGACGAGGCUGAACCUCCCAACUGCCGCUGUGACAACUUAUGUAAAACCUAUAACAGCUGCUGCCAGGAUUUUGAUGAGCACUGCUUGAGAACAGAGGGAGGUUUUGAGUGCAGUAAGGAGCGCUGUGGAGAGACCAGGAAGGACCAGCAUGCCUGUCACUGUUCUGAGGACUGUCUGGCCAAAGGAGACUGCUGUACCAACUACAAAACACUCUGUAAAGGGGACACUACUUGGUUGCAGGAUGACUGUGAAGACAUUAGAACCCAUGAAUGUCCGGCUGGGUUUGUCCGUCCCCCUCUCAUCAUGGUGUCAGUGGAUGGGUUCAGAGCCUCCUACAUGAAGAGAGGAAGCACAGUGAUCCCCAACAUCGAGAAACUCAGAGCCUGUGGUACCCAUGCUCCUUACAUGAGACCCGUGUACCCCACGAAAACGUUUCCCAAUCUCUAUACUCUUGCAACGGGCCUGUACCCUGAGUCCCAUGGCAUCGUUGGCAACUCCAUGCAUGACCCUGUGUUUGAUGCCAACUUUAACCUGCGGGGUCGAGAGAAGCUGAAUCAUCGUUGGUGGGGAGGUCAGCCGAUCUGGAUUACAGCAGUGAAGCAGGGGGUGAAAGCUGGCACUUUCUUCUGGCCUGUGUCCAUCCCGUUGGAGAGGAGAGUCCUGACCAUGCUACAAUGGCUUCAUCUGCCAGACGGAGAGAGGCCGUAUGUUUACGCCAUGCACUCCGAGCAGCCGGACACGUUUGGCCACAAGCUGGGGCCCAUGAGCACUGAGCUGAACAACCCUCUGAAGGAGAUUGAUAAGAUAAUUGGUCAGCUGAUGGACGGCCUGAAACAGAUGAAACUCCACCGAUGUGUCAACAUCAUCAUGGUGGGAGAUCACGGUAUGGAGGAGGCUCACUGUGACAGGACAGAGUUCCUCAGCUCAUACAUGCCGUCCACUGUUGAUGACAUCAUCCUGAUCCCGGGCUCCCUGGGCAGGAUCCGCUCCAGGUACCCCAACAACUCCAAAUAUGAUGCCAAAUCUGUUAUUGCAAAUCUUACAUGUAAAAAGACAGAGCAGCACUUCAAGCCCUAUCUGAAGCAGCAUCUCCCCAAGCGCCUUCACUACGCCAACAACAGGAGAAUAGAGGACAUCCACCUGUUAGUGGAGAGGAAGUGGCAUAUCGCAAGGAAGUCUCCAGAAGGAGGAAAGAGGCACCCUGGGAAAUGUGGUUUUGCAGGAGAUCACGGUUAUGACAACAAGAUAAACAGCAUGCAGACUAUUUUCUUUGGAUAUGGACCAAUGUUUAAAUUCAAGACCAAAGUGCCCGUUUUUGAAAACAUCGAACUUUAUAACGUCAUGUGUGACCUGCUUGGCCUGAACCCUGCCCCUAACAACGGGACUCAUGGCAGUCUGAACCACCUGUUGAAGAGCCCGGUCCACAAGCCCACCGUGCCAGAGGAGGUGUCUAAACCCACCAUCUCAGGUCCCAUCAUUACUCUGACCGAUGACUUAGGCUGCAGCUGUGAUGACAAGAACAAAGUGGAAGAGCUUAAUCAGAGACUGAGGCAAGCUGUCGAUGACAGCAAGAACCUCCUCAUGGUCGGCCUGCAGUUCUGUUCCGUACUAAAUACAGCAUCCUACACCACAGUGACUAUAUCAGUGGGUACAGUGAAUCACUGUCUAUGCCCCUGUGGACGUCCCACACAGUCUCCAAACAGGUAUGUCAUACAGGACACAGCAUCCUACACAGUCUCCAAACAGGACACAGCAUCCUACACAGUCUCCAAACAGGACACAGCAUCCUACACAGUCUCCAAACAGGACACAGCAUCCUACACAGUCUCCAAACAGGACACAGCAUCCUACACCACAGUGACUAUAUCAGUGGGUACAGUGAAUCACUGUCUAUGCCCCUGUGGACGUCCUACACAGUCUCCAAACAGGUAUGUCAAACAGGACACAGCGUCCUACACAGUCUCCAAACAGUCUCCAAACAGGUAUGUCAAACAGGACACAGCGUCCUACACAGUCUCCAAACAGGACACAGCAUCCUACACAGUCUCCAAACAGGACACAGCAUCCUACACAGUCUCCAUACAGGACACAGCAUCCUACACAGUCUCCAAACAGGUAUGUCAAACAGGACACAGCAUCCUACACAGUCUCCAUAUAGGACACAGCAUCCUACACAGUCUCCAAACAGGUAGAAGUAACCCUCUACCAGAGCAUCUGACUAACUGUGUCAGACCUGACAUCCGUAUCCCUCCUGACUUCAGCCAAUCCUGCUCCAACUACAAGGCAGACAAACAGAUCUCCUUCGCCUUCCUCUACCCUCCACGCACGUCCUCCAUGUUCUCUCCUGUCAGAUCCCUAUGGUCCAUCCUGCUGGAGAGGAGAGUCCUGACCAUGCUACAAUGGCUUCAUCUGCCAGACGGAGAGAGGCCGUAUGUUUACGCCAUGCACUCCGAGCAACCGGACACGUUUGGCCACAAGCUGGGGCCCAUGAGCACUGAGGUGAGCUGGGGGCUGAGGCUGGAGGCUGGGGGCUGGGCUGGGGCUGGAGGCUGGGGCUGGGGGCUGGAGGCUGAGGCUGGGUCUAAGGCUGGGGCUGGAGGUGGGGGCUAG